UUUUCUACAGGAAAAAAACUGUGGAGAGGAAGAAGAAUUGACGGUUAAGGUUGUUAUAACUAAUUAAAUAAAUGCUCUGAGUGGCAUUAUUUUGUAAUUUAAUCAAGAGAGGCAUCACCUGAUGUGGCCUUUAUAUUUUCUGUUAAAUAAGAUUCUUAAAACAGAUGAAGAUGAUGAAGGAAAUGAUGAGGAAUGCAUGAAUGUGGCAGCACAGUUCCUCCGUUUCGAUCUAUCAUCUGGUAGUCGGAUUAGCCACGAGGGGUCGAUGUUGCCCCGAUCGCAUUUUGUUCAAGUUCCACAUGUAAACCAAUUGUUCUCUUGUGAUUGUGGACUUGCCUGUGUUUCGAUGGCUUUGGCUACUGUCGGUCUCGAUGAUUGCGGUAACGAGAAGUUGGCUGAGCUUUGCUGCACAAUUAGCAUUUGGACUGUAGAUCCGGCUUACUUGCUGCAGAGGUUUUCGGUUAGAUUUUUCUAUUAUACCCUAACAUUUGGAGCCAACCCGAACUACUCUGACGAGACGUAUUAUAAGGAGCAACUGCCUACUGAUCUGGUUCGAGUAGAUACGCUAUUCAAAAAAGCCGUGGAAGCAGGAAUCGAAAUAGGGUGCAGGUCAAUCACUGGCGAAGAACUCUCUCGCUGGAUCUUGUCGGGGAAGUAUAUAGCAAUUGCUUUAGUUGAUCAGUAUAAAUUGAGUCAGUCUUGGAUGGAGGAUGUCAUCAUCCCCGGAUUUCACGGAAACGACGUAGAAUACGCUGGUCACUAUGUCGUGAUAUGUGGCUAUGAUGCUGAGACAGACGUGUUCGAGAUUCCAGAUCCUGCAUGUUCUAGGAAACACGAGAGGGUCUCAUCGGAGCAUCUCGAAGAAGCACGCAAGUCCUUUGGGACAGACGAAGAUCUUCUUCUGAUAUCUCUCGAGCAGAGCCGGAGACCGAACUACUCCGUCGUAUAAAUUCGUUGUUGAUCUGCAAAUUACAGGCAUUUGUAAAACAGUGCAUUCAUUUUCUACUUGAUUUGUACACAGCAAUAUGUAAUU